AUGAAGAGAUCCGGGCCAAAGAAGAUAAAAAAGGAAGACGAAGAAUGGAGAAGAAGAGACGAAGACGAGGUCACCCUCAUUGCGCUCCUCUCGGUGUCUGCGCAUUCGUCUGACAACUUCUCUGGCGACACCGUGCACCUUCUCUUCUUUAAGCUCGGCCUCCCAUUCACUGCCGCAUCAUGCAAUGCCACGAUGGAUAUGUAUGCCAAGUCCAGUAGAAUGGAUGAAGCCCGGAAGCUUUUUCAAAGAGAUAAAGGACCCUACGAUUGUCUCAUGGAAAAUCAUCCUCACUGGCACGCUUUAGUGGAAAGGUUUGGCAGGAGGCUUGCAUCGAAGCAGGACGUUCCAGAGAUGCUUUCGGCUUCCUUGGUGAGAUGUUUGUUUGAUGGUGUGCACAUGGUAUGGCUCAACCGUGUCACUUCCCAGAGACACACUGAGGCUGAUGAUCUCCGGAUGCUAGUGAAGAAUAGAGUGAUUCAGAAGAUUCCUGGAAUGAGUUUCAUUGAGAUCAAUGGCAUUGUGCACUGGUUCACUGCAGGUGAUGAAACACACCCUCAAACGGGUCAAGGAUCGAAGUGCCUACAUCUAUGGAAGGGGUGCAACAAAAACGUCCCGGUGGUGUUGCAUGCUCUCUGCUCCUGGAAUGGAAAAAUGAAGCUCGAGAAGCAUUGA